GUGAAAGGGACGCUCCCGAGACUCUCAGUGGUUUAAAAGAAGGUAAAGUUGAUACAGAACUUGUUAACCUAUGCUGUUUCUGUGAAGUAACAAGCUUUAUUGGCAAUUUCUUUAACAGGUCUAUUUUCUUUGAAUCAUUUGGGCCAAGCUGCCAGAUCUCUCGCUACCCGAAAAAAUUCUGGGUACUUCAAGGAAGGCUGAUCUUCAGGAAAGCUGCAACAAUGAAGGCCUUGACCCUCAGCCUUCUAUUUUUCUUCACUGCUGGCACGGAAGCCAAAAUAUUUGACCGAUGUCAUCUUGCUUCUAUUCUGAAAUUGCAUGGACUGGAUGGAUACCGUGGCAUCCCCUUGGAUGACUGGAUCUGCCUGGUUCAUCACGGGAAUGGAUUCAACAGCAAAUCGGUAACCUCACGAAAGAACAGAAAGAUUCAAUUCUUUGGAAUUUUCCAGAUAGACAAUCACUGGUGGUGUGACAAUAAACAGGGAUAUUCAGCUAAUCUCUGCAAAAUGUCCUGCAAUGCUUUCAUAAAUGACGAUCUCAAUGAUGAUAUUGCCUGUGCUAAGAAAAUUGUGAAGAGCAGGCAAAAAAUGAAUGCUUGGGACGAUUGGCAAAGAAACUGCAAAGGGAAAAAUGUCUCAGAGUGGACUUUGGGUUGCAAAUUUGAUUUCCAUGGUUCUGGAUAAGGGCUUUAAUUAGAUGCAUUUCCGAAUAUAAGAAGCAUUCAGCACACUGUUUUAGGAGUUAUUAUCUUCAGUCCAUCCUGUUGUAUCACUUCUUUGGGACAUCUUUAAUGAAUUGAAGGCCUUCAAGAAAAUGUAUAAUCAUUUUCUCUUUGAUGACCUAGAAGAUGAAAAAAACAUAAGUCUUUUGCCUUCAAUCAUGGUUAUAGAAGAGAAAAACACUUGAUUUUGAUUUCUGUCCCUGUAUUUGCAUUCAUAUAUGGUUUACUCCAUACUGUUUCUGUACUUCUAUUUUUUUAAAAGAAAGAUUAAUCUUUACCUUGAAGUGCAUACAUUUUGGUACCAUUUUUGUAUGUACACGUGCCCUCCCUCAAUAUAUUCCUUUUUCAUCUACAGAAAAGCAGGACCAUCUAGAUACAAUACUAGAUACAAUCAAGAUUUGGCUUUUGUUUUGGUUCAAAAUAUGCAGACCUGCCAAUAUCUAACCAGAUAAAU